CAGAACUCAGAUCAACUCCUCUACUGAAGCUAAACUCUAGCUUUCACCAAGAAAGACUGUGACCGGAGCAGCAGAGACACGCUACAAGACAAGAGAUCAACUCGAUCAGAAACGGUUUCUCGAGCUCAAACUCUACGACUAAAGGAAAACUUUCUCAACAAGACUUAAGGAAAAACUAGAAUCUAUUUUUACAAGGAAGAAAAGAUGUCUGCUGGAAUGAAGAAAAUGAUUUUGCUGCCUUUCCUGAGCAUCAUGCUCUCAUACAUGGUUGCAGGUCAGGAGUGUAGCAACCAGUGUUCGUGCCCCUCCACUCCGCCCCAGUGCCCCCCAGGAGUGAGCUUGGUACUGGAUGGCUGCGGCUGCUGCAGGGUGUGCGCCAAACAGAUGGGGGAACUCUGCACUGAGAAAGACUUCUGUGACCCACACAAAGGCCUCUACUGUGACUUUGGAGCGCCCAUCAACAGACGCAUUGGAGUGUGCACAGCUCGAGAGGGAGCCACAUGUGUUUUCGGAGGCAUGAUGUACAAGAGCGGGGAGACUUUCCAGAGCAGCUGCAAGUACCAGUGUACCUGUCUGGAUGGAGCCGUAGGCUGUGUUCCUCUUUGUUCCAUGGACAUCAGGCUGCCCAGCCCAGACUGCCCCAUGCCGAGACGCGUCAAGGUGCCCGGGAAGUGCUGUGAGGAGUGGGAGUGUGACAGACACAGUUUCAUGGGCUCUGCUUUGGCCGCCUACAGAGAGGAGGAGACUUAUGGCCCAGAUCCUUCCUUGAUGAGGGAAAACUGCUUGGUUCAGACUACUGAAUGGAGCGCAUGCUCUAAGACUUGUGGCCUUGGGAUCUCCACAAGGGUCACCAAUGAUAACCGUGAAUGCCGCCUGGAGAAACAGACCCGGUUGUGUAUGGUGCGUCCAUGCGAGUCACAGCUGGAGCAGAGCAUUAGGAAAGGAAAAAAGUGCAUUCGUACCCCCAGACUCUCAAAGCCCAUGAAGUUCGAGAUCUCUGGCUGCACCACCACCAAGUCCUAUAGGCCAAAGUUCUGUGGCGUCUGCCUGGAUGGACGCUGCUGCACGCCCCACAGAACCACCACCCUGCCCAUGGAGUUCAAAUGCCCUGACGGACAGGUGAUGAAGAAGCACAUGAUGUUCAUCAAGUCCUGCGCCUGUCACUACAACUGCCCCGGGGAGAACGACAUCUUCGAGUCUAUGUAUUACAAGAAGAUGAUGGGAGACAUGGCGUGAGCCACUAAAGGACGAUCCCAGUUUAUGACUUGAAAACAAACAGAACUCCAUCUCAUUUUGCAGCUCAGUAUAUAUGUUUUUUAUGUUUAGUUUUCUCAUUUUCUCAUUGUAAAAGUAUGGUCCAGACACUUGAUUAAGUGUCUGUGUGUUUUGUAUGGCUGGCGCACACCCAGCCACUUAGACUCAGACAGAGGGUUGCACAGCAGCUCCAAGAAAUUACUGCACUAUAACUUCUAUUAUUGACAAACCUGCUGUCAGGUUGCCGCCCAUUCCCUUUAAAAUCCCUUUUACAGACCCGUCCAUUUUACUGUAUGCAUUUGUGUACAUUAUAUAAACCUUGACGUCCUCUCUAAAUGAGGUGCCUAAUAAUUCCCCCCACCCUUCAAGUCCAGACCAGACCUGGAAACUCUAAGCAGCUGUAGAUGGAGAAUGCAGACCACAGCAGGCCAGUGUUCCCCUGUCCAAACAGGUCUGUGUGUGUGUGUGUGUGUGUGUGUGUGUGUGUGUGUGUGUGUUAGCACAGGCCUGAAUGUCAGCCUUGUCUCUGCGUCUACGCUGUUCACCAUACUCCCAGAGUAGAGGAAAGGUCAGAGUUUCCCCCCCAGCAUGUGGAUGAGAAAGCAAGCAGCGUGCUGAGUUUAAGGUUAGAUAUGGAACACAGUGGGCUUAUCCACCGCACUGAGAAAAAAAAA